AGGCCUUUCUGCUGUAAAACUGGCUGGAAAGUUACCCUGGUCGGAAGCCGUUUUACCCACACCGCCGAAUCCAGAUAUGCUCCCAUUGAAGGCGAGGCCCUUGCAGUGGUAGACGCACUCGACAAAGCCCGCUUCUUUGUACUGGGCUGUGACAACCUUAUCAUAGCUGUUGACCACAAACCCCUCCUUAAAGUCUUUGGUGAUCGAUGUCUUGAAGACAUUUCCAACAUCCGCCUUCGCAAUCUCAAAGAAAAGACGCUUCGAUACCGCUUCCGCAUGGUCCAUAUCCCAGGCAUCAAACACAAAGCCGCCGACGCACUCUCACGCCAUCCAUCUGGCACCACCAACCCCGAAGCCAUGCCCAUCCCCGAUGACGUGGCCGACAUCAAUGCCAAUUCCCCCCCACCCAUGUUGAGCAACCCCGUCCUAGCUGGCAUCCGCACCCUUGAACCCGACACAUACUCAAUCACUGCCACCAUUGAAAAGCAACUGCUGUCAUCUGCCAUCAAAUCAACCCACUUCAUGGCCGUAACAUGGGACCGCGUCAAAACAGCAACAGCGAGCGACACAACAAUGGAGAAGCUCCUUUCAACCAUUACAGCAGGCUUCCCCGAGUUUCGCCACGAACUCCCCCCUGAUUUACAGGAAUUUUUCCAAUUUCGUGAACACCUCUAUGCCAUCGAUGGGGUUAUCCUAUACAAAGCUCGCAUUGUCAUACCCUCAUCCCUAAGAAGUCACAUCCUAUCCAUCCUCCAUUCGGCUCACCAAGGCAUCACCUCAAUGACCUCUCGCGCGGAGGCAACCGUAUUCUGGCCUGGCAUAACACCGGCAAUUUGA